UAGUCACGUUACAAGACUUUCCCACAAUCUCUCUCCAACUCUAAGUCUUUUUUUUCGUUGCCGCUCCAAUCUUUCAUCGAUAACUUCUCCCUCUCAAAUAUCCUCUAGCACGUCAAGAGAGCUUACAGAUAGCUGAAACAAAUAACCGAUAUCCCAAAUCACCACAUCGAAGGCUACGUGUAGAUCUAUCUCGCAAAGAAUGCUUGUCUGUAACAUCGAAGGUUGCAAACAUGCCAAGCUGUCUCGAACGAAAAAACUGCAUUUCUAUUAUUAUCACAAAGAAGACUAUAAACUUCGAUAUAAUGGUCAAAAAAUCUCUCUCACGCGUCGGCCAGAUGGAAAAGUCGGCUGCGCUUGUGGACAGGAACAGCAUGCGCGUUAUAAUUAUCAAAAGGUUUAUGAGAUGUGUAGAAAAAAGAUCCACCCUCCAGCGAAUUCAACACAGUGGAAGGACUCGGAUGAUAAUUUGAUAUCUUCAGGUCCGACGCGCACUGGUCCGGAUACUUCGAUGAGAGUUAGCAAAAGACUUUUGCCGCGGAGAGUUCAGGGAGCGGCGGGACAAGCGAAAUUUGAGAGUGAGAUCAAGUUAACUAAUUUGGAGAAACACAAAGAUGACUUGCUACGAGAAGUUCAGGUCACCAGAGAGGAAUUGGUAGCAAAGCAUAAUGAGCUUCAAAUAAUCCUCAAAAAGCAAGAAAUCUCUGAACUUGAAGCUGAACUUAAUGCCAACAAGUUACGCAUAGGAUCUAUGGAUCGUUUAUUCGAGCCAUAAGCCUUGAAAUUCCUACACCACAACUGCAAGCACACCAUCAUCCCUGUUGAGAUUCUUGGUACUGUAAGCAACUCGCCAGCUGGAGAAUGGACGAGGAACUUCGGAAACGUUCGCUUCGUGCAUACUCAAGAAUACCGUAGAAUAUGCUAGUAUUAUUUCAUAGUUGUUAAAUUACACAAAAAUAUAG